GCUAGUUGAGUGAUAAAUUUAUGUGGCCAAACCAUUUCACAUAUCAAUUAUAUGUACCAAUGAAUACAUAAAUAAUGAUAGGAAAAAUGUUUGCAAUUAAGAGAAGCUUAAACGUAAUAUGUGGAGCUUUAAUGUUCAGUGCUUUAUUGACAAUAUGUAAGGCCAAGCCAGCGAUGGAGCCAGAAGUAAGGCAAAGUGAAAAUACUAUAGCGGAUGACAAUACCGAAUUCCUCAAAUCCUAUGCUGCAAAGAUGUCGAGCUAUAUGAACCUCACAGUGUCGCCAUGCGACGAUUUCUAUGAAUACGCAUGUGGCAACUGGAAGCUGGUUAAACCCGAAAGGCAAUCAAAACAUAAACGUAGUAAUCACCAUGAUAUAUUAUAUACGCUGAUCGAUAAAACAGAGGAGCUGCUCUUGUCCAAUUCCACCAUGGCAAGUGAUUUGGGCUACGCGAAUGAGCUGAGAAUUGCACAACAGUUCUACAACGCAUGCCUCAGUGCUGAUCUCUACCCGAUGCCAGCAGCUGACCCCGCUUAUCUCGCGCUCAUCAGAUCAAUUGGUGGAUUUCCCGCUGUGGACGGCGAUGCUUGGCAGGCUUCGAAUUUCAGUUGGUUUAACAUGAGCUCCCACUUGACUAACUACGGUGCACACGGACUAAUCAAUGAAGAUGUUAUGCAACAGUAUCCAUUUUUUCCAUACUUUAAGCUGCCAGAACUCGGCUUUGAUUAUAUUGUCCAUAGCGACAACAUUGCAACCGACGACACCAAAGGAUACAAAAUGAACGAGAAGCGGAUGCGAGAAUAUCUUAAGACAUAUGGACUCUCCGAUGAAAAGGUGGCUGAUGUGAUUGCCGGAGUAUUUGCCUUCUGGCGUGAAGUCCUCCAGAUCGGUGAUCGAUUUGAUGAGAAUUCAGAUAAAUGUGAUGCAUUGACGCAUUCGGAAAAGCUGGAGCCCUUCCCCCUAUGGAAAAACUACUAUGAUAUUGCGUGGGGCGAUCUCAAUUUUGGAGAACAAUCAUAUCGCUUCUGUGAUUUUUACUACCAUGAGCUGGAUAAGGUGUGUGGCAAACACAAGCCGGCAGUAGCCAAUUAUUUGGCCAUGAAGCUAAUUUAUCUCAUGGACUUCAAACUGAAGUCCACCAAGUUCCAGCGCGAUUUUUGUAUGCUCAGUAUACACAAAUCGAUGCCUUAUAUCUUGAGCAAGCUUUACGUAUUGAAACACUUUGCGGAUAAAACCAAAACGGAGAUUGAGAAUAUUAUCGUGGAGUUGCGUAAGAGUCUUGUAUUGCUCUUGGAAAAUGACAAUUGGCUAGACGAGGACACUCGUAAGGAGGCGCUACUCAAAGAAGCUUCGAUCAAGCCCAGGAUAGGUGCACUAAAAGAUGACAAUUUCACUGAUAUCCUAAUACGCGAGAUGAACAAUCUUACCCUCGUCCCAGGCAGCUACGCUACAAACAACAUCAACUUAAGGAAAUUCAGUACAUAUAUGUAUCGUUUCAACGGAUUUCAUCACAAGGAGCUUUCCAAUGAAACGAGCCCGCUUAGGUUGCUCUUGGGAAUACAGGUGAACGCGUUCUAUUAUGUGUUGGAUAACUCGAUAAAUGUCAUGGAGGGAAUAUUGCAUCCUCCAAUCUAUCAUGAUGCCUGGCCCAACUCGCUUAAGUUCGGCACCAUCGGCUUUAUCGUGGGUCAUGAGUUGACACACGGAUUUGAUAGUGUUGGUUCCAUGUUCGACGGCACCGGCGAUAUGCGCAAUUGGUGGUCCCUAAAAUCUGGCGAUGUGUUUAAAAACCGCGCUAAAUGCUAUGUCAAUCAUUUCAAUAACUAUCUAAUACCAGAAAUCAAUCGCAAGAUUGACGGAAGUCAGACCAAGAAUGAGAAUAUUGCUGAUAGUGGUGGAUUACGCGAGGCGAUGAAUGCAUAUCGAAGCCACAUGAAGCAACUGAUCCGCGAAAGUAAUUCCUCGUAUGAGCUGAAAAACGAACAGAUGCCCGGUCUGGAUUUAUCACCUGAGCAGUUGUUCUACGUGGGCUUCGCACAGCUCUUCUGUGCCGACUACAAGGAGGAACACUAUUGGGACGAAUGGACUGAUCAUCAUACCAUGGACAAGUACCGAGUCCUCGGCGCUAUUACCAACGAUGAGAAUUUUGCGCAGUCGUACAAUUGUCCGUCUGGCAGUCCAAUGAAUCCGAGCUCGAGCAAAUGCCGUAUUUGGUAGUGUAACGUAAAACGCUGUUAAUAAGCAUGAGCGGGUUCAUUAAAUAAUUAUUCUAGUGUAAUUCAUGUAAACUCGCAUAAAUAAAUAUGUGUGUAUUAACUGAGCACAAUAUAUUUUUAUAAGAGAAUGCCGGCUUAA